CUUGGUGAGAAUGAGGCUGGUAGGUACUAGGUGGGCUUGAAGUUUCAUUUCCCAAGCCGCCCGCGCCAGUCGAGUCGACCUGCCCGGCCUGGCUAAAGAGUUCCAGACUCGAUGGCUUGCACUUCCGGGGAUAUCGGAAGAUGAAUGGGGGCCUAUUUUCAGGUCGCUGGGUACGGACCAUGAUGAUAUGAAACCGGGUACAAGAUGCUGCUGUCCUGUCCUGUCCUGACGGUCUCUAGUGAUUUCUCCUGCCAUCGUUCUGACAGCCUGAUAGUCUUUCGUUUGAAGUCCACCAUCCCCUUCGCUUUCCUCUUGUCUGUCUGUCGUUCAGUCUUUCUCUGUCUCUGUCUGUCUUCUCGUGUCCGAAGAUCAGCUGUAUACAUCGUCGUCAUUCUUUCCUUGCAUCGUUUUUAUUUGCCCUGCACUCAAAACAUCAUUCUACACAAACGGCAUUAAAAGUUGUAUUUGCACUUCGUCAUCGCCGAUAACAGAUAUAAUAUACGAGAGAAUCCUAUUCAUUCCUUCAGUCCGCGCAGGCCAGCGGCGCGGUUGAAUUUGGUUGUUGGUUCUGGUGAUCCUAUACGAAAGGACAUAUUACUGUUGGUUCUGUGGAGAUAUGAAGAUCUAUCCGAGAACAUGGAGCAUGCUGUUGUUGUUGGGAGUGCCGCUGGGUGAGGCUGGUCCGUUGAGGCGUGGUGUUGGAGAUGCAGGGAGACUCAUGGCACGCAGCUUCACAUUUUCGAAUACGUCCACGCCAAUACCGACGACGAGUACAGAGACUGCAGUAGGAGCUCAAGCAGGUGUACCGGCUGUCACGAUCAUCCCUGUUGAUGGUCCAAGUUCGAGUGUUGGGAGUCAGCCAGGUGUGCCGCUGUCUACAUUUACGACACCUGCGACGAGCAUUGAUGCUCCAACGUCUUCGUCGGAACUGUCUUCCGAUACUUCAACUCCAUCAUCAGGCUCGACGCCGCCCGUCACUUCCAUAUCGCCUACACCAGUCCCAACAUCCUCGAGUGAAUCUUCAACUGAGAGUCUGACGUCGGAGACUACAGUCUCGUCAUCAAGUCCAAGUUCUUCGACACCGGAGCCCACGACACCCUCUCCUACUUCGGAGCUGUCAAUACCCUCCUCCUCACCGCCUCUGGAGACCCAAACUCCGUCAUCGCGUCGACUCACUUCGUCGCGCGCCAGGACUUUCACUGGCCCAGCUUCAGAUCUCGAACCCGUGACCGAAAGUCCCACUCGUAUGGUUCCACCUGCGCCAACCCGUUCAGGCACCAGUGCUAGUGGCCAGGACGAGGGGUCCAGCUCAUCAAUCCCCGCCAUACCGUCCAGCCAGCGUACUAGUACGAGCGACUCCAAAAUCUUGGCCUCGCCUACUCCAACACCAUCCCCUACACCGACUGCAGGCAGUUCAACUCCUUCGUCGGCCUCUUCGUCGGCUUCUUCGUCGUCCUCAUCGUCAUUCUCUAUACCGAGAUUCACACUUAGUAACACCAAUUCAAUAAUCCUCCCAUCUCGCUCACCAGACUCCCCUCUGCCAUCCGGCGUCGCCUCAACAACAAUCACGAUCGACAUCUCCUCUCUCACGGCCUCGACCUCCUCAUCAUCCUCGCCGUCAUCAUCCUCGCCAUCAUCGUCCGUCCUGGCUACACCACUAACAACACUCACCCCUCUAGUACCCGCCCCAACGAGCACACCCUUAAUUCCCACGGUCAUCGUACCCACCACGCCUCUCCCAACCAGCACCGUCACCCCCGAAACAUUCGCCUCCAACCUCGCUGACGCCAAAUCGUACAAUACACUCUUCUCCACGCUUGGUUUCUCCUCGCCUUGCACCUCUGGCGAUAUAGCAUGUAUAGACGGCAAUGAGGCGAAGUGCAAUGCUGAAGGAAGUUUCCAGAUUGAGACAUGUGGGGCAGGGACGAGUUGUUUCGCGAUGCCGAUGAACGUUACCAGGGGUGUGUUUGUAGGCUGCGUUGAUCGCGGAACGGCAGGCAAAGUGCUGGGUGGUGAGGCGGGAGGGUCGACAAGUGUGAGUUCGAGCCCCGGGGCUGGCACGACGAGCACGGCCUUAGCAGGAGGAGAGGAGACUUCAACGACAAUCGUCGAGACGACAGUCUUCGUAAGCGAGACAACACUCCCUCUCGUUAUACCUACGCCUACGCCUUCGAGUUCAAGCUCCAGUUCAGCCUCGACUCAAACGCCGUUCCAAACCACCCUUGAACUCACCCUCCUUCCACCUAGCCCAUCCUCAUUGCCGCCUCCCUCGCCCAUCGAGAUCCCUCCCGCCUCAACACAGGACCCUCCGCCUGCACCAGAACCUACACCCAGUCCCGCCGAGCCAACACCUGUGCCAGAUCCUGCUCCUCCUACCACCCCGGCAGAAGAACAAACCACCACCACAACCGUCCGUCAACAAAGCACAUUUACAAUCAUCAUCACGCCCCCGACGGGUGUACCCGAUCAGCCAGCGCCAACACCUACACCCACUCCGAGACCUGAUCCUGGGAAUGAUGGGAACGGCAGUAAUCGGGGCGGCAACAGUGAUGGAGACAACGGUGGUGGGCGUGGCGGAAACGGGAAUGGUAAUGAAAACGGGGGAGACAACGGAGGCAAUAGCCCAGCCGUAACGAUCAUCCCUGUCAACCCGCCAGCACCCACGCAAGGGCCAAGUGCUAAGGAGACAGUGUAUAUCACGGUCGGCAAGGUCACCGAGACGGUUACGGAGACUGUUACUGUGACGCGGUGAGGACCGGGGUGCGUGGGAAGGAAAGGGAAAGGACUGGAGAAGGAGAUCAAAAGUUUGUAGAUAGAUGAGUCUCGUUUUUCGUGUUUUAGAGUCAGGUUAAUAGCUGCGCCUUGACCGUAUUUUACUUUGUUCGGGAUUGGGUUGGGGAUAGGGAAGUAAUUACAUCAUACAGUACUUAAU